CGUAGUAUUUUGUAAGUUUAUAGUUGGCAACACCUUGACUUGAUGUCUUCCUUUUCGUAAAAAUUUGGUACGAGAUAUUCUUGUGACAUGGCUGGAAAUAAUACAGAAGAAGUGGAGGGGUCCGCGACCACCGAGACGAAAACUAAUAAUACCGCAGAGCUCCCACCAGAAUUUCUCAUCAAGCACCCGUUGCAGAACACAUGGAGUUUGUGGUUUUAUGAUAAUGACAGAAAUAAGACUUGGGAGGAGAAUCUAAUCGAGCUGACCACAUUCGAUACCGUCGAAGAUUUCUGGAGAUUGUACCACCAUAUUAAACUACCAUCAGAGCUGCGCCAAGGCCACGACUAUGCAGUAUUCAAACAAGGAAUCCGCCCCAUGUGGGAAGACGACGCCAACAAGAUGGGUGGCCGGUGGCUCAUCAGCUUGGAGAAGAAACAGCGCACCUCUGAUCUUGACAGAUUCUGGCUAGAUGUGGUGCUCCUCCUCAUUGGUGAAAAUUUUGAACACCCAGAAGAAAUAUGUGGAGCAGUUGUUAAUGUUAGAGCAAAGAUUGAUAAGAUUGGUAUUUGGACGGCAGACACAUCUAAGCAACACGCUAACCUAGAAAUUGGAAGGAAAUUGAAAGAGCAGCUUGGAAUUCAUGGAAAGAUCGGUUUCCAGGUUCAUAGGGACACCAUGGUGAAGCACAGUUCGGCCACUAAGAAUCUGUACACUGUUUAGUCAACUAAAUUAAUGUAUCACAAACAUAACUUUAGUUGUAUGAGGUGGAGUUGGGCAAGUACAUCUGUGUUCACAGCUCGAUCUCGAAAUCUAUCGAUUGUGUCUCCUAAUGGACUCUGUGCUUGCAAAGUUGAAAAAUGGCGUGAUUUUCUCCUAUUACAAGACAGAUUUGUUGUUUUUUUUCAAUAUCAUUCAAACUUGGUAAAGAUAUCUUUGAUUAAAAGUUUUGUUUAUUUUAUAAGAUCAGUUAAAUGUUUCUCCAAUUAAAGUUGAUAAGUCUUGUUUUAGGAUUAAAUCUGGUUGUCUCAGGAUGGUUUGCACUAGUCAAGUUUUACGUUAACUUUAACCUGCCUCGCUGUUGUUUAGAUAAAAUUGCGUACUUGGCGUUUUUGUGCGCAGAAGUUGACUGGUGCAACACUCCUUAAGUUAAUUUUGUACUUUGAAAUGGUCUUAAACGAGUUCACACAUCGUAUUGUGGUGCUGUAUUUUAGAGUUCUAUCUAAAAUGCGGCAAGAACGAUGUUAUCAAACUGGCUUUUGAGAUUCAAUGUAAUAUCUUUAGAAUUCAAAGAGCGUUAAAUAUUUAGACAGGACAAUAAAAUGUGCAGAUUUUGUGACUUAAGCAUUUAAGGAAUAUUGUCUAUGAUUAAAGAGCAUAAAACGUAGACAGGACGAAUUAUGCAGAUUUCGUGGCCAAAGCAGUUAAUGAGUAUUGUCUAUGGUUGUCAUUGCCCUGUAAACAUCUCGUAAGCUACUGUUAAGUUUUCAUAUAGUUAAAAGAUUUUAAGAUUUUUAUUUAACAGAAGUAGGUACACUUUAGGUUGUCGUUUUGAUAGUUUCUUGUAAUUCUUAUUCACCAUCUCGACUCGCGGCGGUAUCGUUGCGAUUUACUAAAAUUUAAGUCUGAUUUUUGUACUAAAGCUGUGCUUAAGUAUGUUUGUCGAUAUGUCACAUAGCUGUAAGACUGUAUGGCGCUAUGGCGCGCCCCUUAAUGUACCGAGUGUCUGAAUUCCUUUUGUGUUCUAACUGCUAGGUAAAUGACGUCAUUGAGGAACGUUAGCCUUUAUCUCUGUCGCAAUUAUUAUAUUUAUAAUUCGAAAGAGCGACAGAGAUUGUAGAUAAAGGUUGACAUCCAAUAAUUUCUGGCAUGUUUGCAUACUGAUAUUUAAAUUAUAUUCAUUGAUUUUUAUGUAUUUCAAUGCAAAAUGGUAUGCAAAAUUGUCAUAAUAAUGAACUAAGAAUUUGGACUCUCAUAUGUUUUCAUUAAUAAAAAGUUAACAGAUAAUAUUUUAACAACUGGUUGUUCACGUAUUCAGACUCGCUUUUAAUUUGUAUAUUUUAGUUUUACACUUAGGUGUUGCCUGUCAUAAGUUAAAUCCCCUGCACCAACGUUUGAAUUUGGUAUUAUUGUCAGUCAAACAAUAUUUUGGUAUUUUAUAAAGAAAAUUAUGCUAAA